GUUUUUAAUCCGUUUCAGUUUUAAAUUAUUUUAAUCUUUUAUAAAAAUCAUACAUGGCUUACUUCACAUAGAUUUACAAAAACAUAAUAAGGUAGUUUGACAAAUACUCCAUUGUCGACACCAAGUUAGUUUGGGCCGAUGUAUUAUUAGUUUUUUCACGGUUUCUAGACAAGGAACUCACGUAAUCGUUAAUUUCUCUACACUACUACCUUAUACAGAUAAGGAAAUUACCAAAAAGCCCUUGAAAAAUUGGAAUUUUGUUAAGAGAUAUUUUUCUUGUCGUAAUAAGGAUAUUGCACAAUGAGGUUAUGGUGUACAUUGAGUUACAACGGAAAUAAUCUUAUCUUCCCUUAUUUCUUGAUUGGUGUAAACUUCAUCUCUUCCAAAUCUUGAAACCUUGCAACCCUAGCAUUUUUUUUCUUCACAAAAACAAAAUACAAUGUCAUACACAUUACCCCCCUCAACUUCUCUAAAUAACAUUACCCCCAUUAAUCACAACUUUCCCUCUUCAUCUACACUCAAAACCCUCACUUUUCCAUUCUCCAUCCCUCCAAAACUAACCCUAACUUCCACCAAAUCUUCAACCACUACAAACUAUAAUGACCUCGGGUUGGACGAGGAAAUGGGUCGGAUCAAACGACUUCAAAACGGGUCGGAUGUUCGUGGUGUGGCUGUGGAAGGAGAAGUUGGUCGUCAGGUUGACCUUACACCACCCGCAGUGGAAGCCAUUGCAGAGAGUUUUGGAGAGUGGGUGAUUAAUGGAUUGGUGAAGGAGAAAGGAAGACCAGUGGAGGACAUUCGGGUUUCUCUCGGGCGAGACCCACGAAUAUCGGGUGGGUUAUUGAGUGUUGCCAUAUUUUCAGGUCUGGGUCGGGCUGGUUGUAUGACGUAUGACAUGGGACUUGCAACUACACCAGCUUGUUUCAUGAGCACAAUGUUGCCACCAUUUUUAUACGAUGCUUCCAUAAUGAUGACAGCGUCUCACUUGCCAUACACACGGAAUGGUCUAAAAUUCUUUACGAAGAAAGGAGGGUUAACGUCGGUUGAGGUGGAAGAAAUAUGCGAUAAAGCAGCGUUUAAAUAUGCGAAUAGGGUGACAAAAGUGUCGACGUUGCUUAGAACGACACCUACACGAGUGGAUUUCAUGAGUGUUUAUGCAAAACAUCUUCGAGAUAUCAUCAAGGAGCGAGUAAACCAUCCGCAACACUACGACACUCCUCUUGAAGGCUUUCAGAUCAUAGUAAAUGCUGGAAAUGGAUCGGGAGGAUUCUUUACCUACCAAGUAUUAGACAAGUUAGGUGCCGACACAUUUGGCUCAUUAAACCUUAAACCCGACGGCAUGUUUCCUAACCACAUCCCAAAUCCCGAGGACAAGGUUGCAAUGGCAGUAACAAGAACCGCUGUGCUAGAAAACACUGCGGAUCUUGGCAUCGUUUUUGAUACAGAUGUUGACCGGAGUGGUGUUGUUGACAAAGAUGGAAACCCCAUUAAUGGUGACAAGUUAAUUGCACUUAUGGCUUCCAUUGUCUUAAAGGAGCAUCCUGGUUCCACCAUUGUUACUGACGCUCGAACCAGUUUGGGUUUGACUAAGUUCAUCACUCAUCGAGGUGGUCAACACUGUUUGUAUCGUGUGGGUUAUCGGAAUGUUAUUGAUAAGGGUGUUCAGCUUAACGAAGAUGGUAUUGAUACUCAUCUUAUGAUGGAAACCUCUGGUCAUGGAGCUCUUAAAGAAAAUUACUUUCUUGAUGAUGGUGCAUAUAUGGUGGUAAAGAUCAUUAUAGAAAUGGUGAGAAUGAAACUAGAGGGUUCGGAUGAAGGAAUCGGAAGUUUGAUAAAAGAUCUUGAAGAACCAUUAGAAUCGGUAGAACUAAGAAUGAACAUCCUUUCUGAGUCUAAACGUGCGAAGGCUGAAGCCAUUCUCAUCAUCGAGACCUUCAAAUCGUAUAUAGAAGAGGGGAGGCUAGUGGGAUGGGAGCUCGAUGCAUGUGGAGAUUGUUGGGUGAGUGAUGGUUGCCUUGUUGAUUCGAAUGACAACCCUGCUCCCGUUGAUGCUCAAAUGUACAGGGCGAAGGUUUCAAGUGAAGAAGACGGGCAAUAUGGAUGGAUACACAUUAGACAAAGUAUUCAUAAUCCGAAUAUAGCGAUCAAUAUGCAGUCGACAGUGCCUGGUGGUUGUUUAUUGAUGGCUCGAGUUUUCUUAGAUAAGUUUCUCAUUGCAAGUGGAAUGGAGAGAGCUCUUGACUUCUCUCAGAUCGAGAACUAUAUUAAAAGUGGAAACAUUAGCUAGUUGGUUUCUAACUGUGAUCGCGUGAAGCUAGAAAAACGCUUGAUUUGUUAUACGUACUGAAACUCAAUAAUUAUUGAGAAAACGUUAGCAUAUAGAAUUCAAAACAAUGGCUAUAGCUACACUCAUUAUCAGAUCUUAGAGGACCACACCAAGAAUAAAAAAAGGAAAUAAAGUAGUCAUAUAAUUACAAUAUGUCAAUAUUUAUUGAUACUAUAUUUUGUUCACCAACCAUAUUGUACCCUAGGAAAAGUUUCAGUAAUUGCACCUUUCAUCGAUUCAACCCUCAUCUUCUAUGAAAGUAGUACAACCAGCUGCAUUGCAUUAAGUUCUCGCAUACGUGAGUGUAUGAUUCGGGGAGAAAUAUUAUCAAUAUGAGUUGGCUUAAAUUGGUUUGAGCUCAUGAUACAGUCUUGCCAAGCCUUUUUGACCAGCUUGGGUACGUGGUUUCAUGAGUCGGCUCACCUCGUUAACACUUUAAAAAAUGGUCAACUCAUUAGUACUCAUGUGACCAAUUUUGGAGCAAGGGCAGGUGAUGUGGUACCUUUUGAUUUAUUUAGGGAUGAUCACUUAAAAAUAUGGCCAAAAGAGGAGGUGUCAUGACCAAGUAACGAC